CGUCCUACUGUCCUUAUCCAUUCCGACAUAAACGAGCUUGCUUUAAAACAUAAGAUCAACACGCCCAAGUCAGCAAAAUGUCAUGUCCGAACAACGUGGCAGCCGGUUCGUUUCUGAUGGAUUCGCUGGUGGGAGAAACGUCUCCAUACAGAGGUGAAGGAUAUGCUGCAAACUCUGGGAUGUACAUAUCAGAAUAUGGCUGUCAGAUGAUGAGAAAUUUAGGCGUCGCUGCUGCUGUGCCCCACUCCAAACGGGAUGAGCUGCCGCCGAGUACCGUGCUAAUCAGCGGCUACGAGCACGCGCAUUACCUGUCGCAGCGGGACGCCUGGACGACCGCCUCCAAAACUUACAGAGGUGCCCAACCUGUUGCCCAGCCUUUGCACCCAUGCUCUUUUACGAGCAGUGGCGUCAAGGAAGAGGCGAUACCUUGUCUUUAUCAGUCUGAUCUCAAUAGUCCAAAGGAGUCUACAGACUCCUCCACCUAUAUCCGCCUGGGAGACAAUAGCAACCACACUGAUCAAAGCGGCGUCUCCUCCGUCGGUUAUUUCCGAGGGAACCAGGUGUAUACAACUGAAAGGGUGCAUGAAGACAGGUUCGAUUCGGACUUUAACCGUGUUUCAAGAAUAACAACUCCCACUGCAGAGGCACGAGCCGGAGAUUUGUUUGUCAAGAGCAGCACGUCGCAGCAGGACGCAACGGACAAGGAGACAAAUGCAGAGGAGCAUCGAGUGGAUAAGCGACAACAACAUGGGAAAGAGGACAGCGGCCUGAAGAACGACAGCUGCACAGAUGAUUCCGAGAACGAAUCAAAAGAUGAAGCAAAGCUGGAAAACACAACGGGGAACUGGCUAAAAGCUAAAAGUGGACGGAAGAAGAGAUGUCCUUACACAAAGCAUCAGACACUUGAGCUUGAGAAGGAGUUCUUGUUCAACAUGUACUUGACUCGAGAGCGCCGUCUGGAGAUCAGCAAGAGUAUCAACCUCACAGACAGACAGGUCAAGAUUUGGUUUCAGAACAGAAGGAUGAAACUGAAGAAGCUUAACAGGGAAAGUCGGGUCCGGGAACUAACAGGCUACAACUUUAACUAAAUAUAUCACGAACAAGCAAAUAGUAACACAAUUACUCUCGUUCAUUUUUAUCAAUACCUCGGACACACACACACACACACACACACACACACACACACACACACACACACACACACACACACACACAUACACACACACAUAGUUUGCAUCCCGAUAUAGGACUGCAUUAAUUGUGUCAAUUAACGCACAUAAAGGGAUUCUCGACUCAGUCGAACAUUAGGGCAUGUCUUGCUAUACAUGAGCUAUCUACCUGAUGUCUGAGAUUAGCUUGUCUGUCCUAAGUGCGCGUGCGUCCUAAACAAUGCGUACUGUGUCCUUUGCAUGUCUACUGUUCAUUUGUCAAUUUCGUUUCUAUUUCGACAGUGUUAAAUAAAAGGGGAUUGGAAAAUAUAA